AUGCCUGAUAAUCCCAAAGCCAAUAAAAAGGCAGUCUGUUUGUCAUGCAUGCGGAAAUACACUUUACCUGUUGCUCUUGCAAAUCCGGACUGCUUUGUCUCUAACAAAGCAAAACUAUGCCGAAGCCAUCUUAGAGACUGUCAUAAUUUUAAAGCUGAGUAUAAGGAAGAUGAA